GUCUCCGAUCUUGGCCGGAGCCGGCUGUGGUGUCGAUGAUCUCACCUACCUCGUGUAUGCGGCAGCUCGCGAGGGCUCCGAUAAGUUUACUACAAUGAAUUCAAAAUGCAUCGGUCCUGUGCUGCCCCCGGGGCUCCGGAGACCUGCUUCAUCGGAUGAUGACGAUGAUGAUGAGCGCGCGGAAACCAGCAGUGAGGCCCGAGGAUCGAACGAACCGACAAUCGGUCCGGCCUUACCACCGCAUUUGAUGAAAAGAUUGCGCCGCUCUUCGGAAGACGAAGCGUCCACUUCGAAUCGUGCAGCGAAGGGAUCAACGACGAUCGGACCAGCUCUCCCACCGCACCUCAAGCAUCGAGCGGCCGCCGGAGGAGAUGGAGGAACAACACCGCCCUCGUCAGAAUCGGAUUCUUCGGGAGAGGACGGACAAAUUGGACCAUCGAUCGGUUUGAAAGGAGGAGAAUACGAUAUGAGGGAAGAGUUUGCAGAUAGGGAACGGAGAGGGAAAGCCUCGAAAGAUGUGGUUCUCGAGCGAGAAUCCUGGAUGACCGAGCUACCCUCCGAUCGGACGGGGGUCAAGAUCGGUACGGGCGCUCGUAUGUUCACGAAGCGGGACGGGAAGGACAUUGUUCUGGAUGACAGUUGGACUGCUGCUCCGGGAAAGGAAGUCACGAGAACAAAAGACGACAGAAAAGCUGCGCAGCAUCAACAAGAGCUCGCGCAAAGGAAACGGGAUGCCGAGAUCGACGAGCACCUCGCUGAGUUCAACGCCGCGAAGCGCAGUAAACCUCUGAUUGAAAUGCACAAAGAGAAGAAGUCCAAGAAAAAAGACAAAAAAGACAAGAAGAGCAAACACAAAGACAAAAAACACAAGAAAGACAGGAAAAAGGAGAAAAGGGAGAAGAAAGACAAGAGCGAUGACGAUCCUAGCGCGGGUCCAGGCAACGAUGAGGCUAAUAGAUUGUUACCGCCACAGAUUAGGAAACCGUUCAACUGGGAAGAAGACAUGAAGGUUUCGAUGGUGGACACAUCGCGAGCCAAAUCAAUGUUGGACAAGACUCUCCUGCAAUCACGCUUCGCGCCGAGCAAAUCCCAGAAAUACCUCUGA